UUAGCAGAUGGCACAAACAGCAAUUAAAUCUGGCCAUAAGUAAUUCAAUUAAAAACAAGAAUGGACUAAAAUAAGCAGACAUACCCCAAGAAUCCUAAGAUGAAGUUAAAUCACAAAAACAUCGAAAAGGAUGGGUGCGGGAGCAUCAGCCUCACUCCUGAAGAGCCAGAAGACAUCUGGCAUGCGUACAAUCUCAUUUCUGAAGGAGAUAUUGUGACUGCGUCUACCGUACGUAAAGUACAAACAGAAUCCUCUACUGGUUCGUCCACCAGUAGCAGAGUUAGGACAACUUUGACUAUAAAAGUGGAGACAAUAGACUUUGAUACUCAAGCAUGUGUGUUACGGUUGAAGGGGCGAAAUGUGGUGGAGAACCAGUAUGUCAAGAUGGGUGCAUACCACACAUUAGAUCUAGAAUUAAACAGAAAGUUCAAUUUACAAAAAGCACUAUGGGACUCCGUGGCCCUGGAGAGAGUGGAGAUGGCAUGCGACCCCGCAGCAAACGCAGACGUCGCUGCGGUGGUGAUGCAGGAGGGGCUGGCGCAUGUGUGCCUCAUCACACCGUCCAUGACGCUAGUGCGGUCGAAGAUUGAUAUCACUAUUCCUAGGAAACGGAAAGGAUUUGUGCAGCAACAUGAAAAGGGCCUAAACAAGUUUUAUGAAGCAGUGAUGCAAGGAAUUCUGCGGCACAUAGACUUCUCCAUAGUGAAGUGUGUAAUCAUAGCAUCACCUGGCUUUGUCAAGGAUCAGUUUUUCGAAUACAUGAUGCAGCAAGCCAUUAAAACAGACAACAAACUGCUUAUUGAUAAUAAGGGCAAAUUCCUGCUGGUGAAAGCAUCAUCGGGGUUCAAACAUUCAUUGAAAGAGGUUCUUCAAGAGCCGGCAGUAAUGGCAAAAAUCUCAGACACAAAAGCAGCGAGCGAGGUAAAGCUCCUGGAGAGCUUCUACACCAUGUUGCAGUUGGAGCCGGCCAAGGCGUUCUACGGGAAGAGGCAUGUUGAGAGGGCUAAUGAGGCACAGGCGAUUGAGGUCCUGAUGAUAUCUGAUAAGUUAUUUAGAUGUCAAGACAUCCAGAAGAGGAAGGAGUAUGUUGCUCUGGUGGACUCAGUACGGGACAACGGCGGAGACGUCAGGAUAUUCUCGAGUAUGCACGUUUCUGGUGAACAACUGGACCAGCUAACAGGUGUGGCAGCUAUUCUGCGGUUCCCAAUGCCCGAGUUAGAAGAUAGCGACGAAGACGUGGAUUCACACUCGGAUUAACUUUUACAC